GUGAAUGACCUAAACAGGAAGCUCCUGUUGUCCGCCCACAAUGGCGACUCCGAGGCGCCAGCUCGAUAGCGAGGAGAUGCAGCCAUUGACCGACUCGCAGGGCACGCCCAGCACGUUCCAGGACAGCGACGAGGUGCGGGCAUCGGCCUCUUCGGCGUCCACGACAUCCUUCGUCCUCGAACACGCCAACGACAAAGCCGCCAUCAAAGCCAAAGACGCCUUGUACACCAACGCUUCACCCCGAGAAGAGAUGGAGAUGGAGGGGGAGGAUGAGCUGGCCUGGCAACGCUCGGUCAAGCCGGCUGAUCGCAAAGCGCGGCGCAUCUUAUAUGUGCUCGUCGCUGUGGGCGUCGUCGGCUGGGUUGCCGCCUUGUUCUUGUUCCUGGGACAGGAUCGGCAUGUCCCUCAUGCAGCCCGGCCACACAAUCCACACGCGACUGCCACGACUGGCAACGGCAAGAAAGUCGCAUUGGAUCAGGUGUUGCAAGGGGCAUGGAACGCGCGAUCUCAUGCCAUCACGUGGGUUGCAGGCCCUGAUGGCGAGGACGGUCUGCUGCUCGAGCUGGGAGGCUCGGAUGGACGCGACUAUUUGGUGGUGGAAGACGUGCGCUACAGAGGCGACGACCUCGCCGUGCAGAGGCAACAUAGUCGUACCCUCAUGCAGAGGGGAAUGUUCCAGGUGGGAAAUGAGCUUGUGGUCGUUCACGACGCGUGGCCGAGCCGAGAUCACAAGAAGAUACUCAUCCAGAGUGAUUAUCAAAGUAAUUGGAGGCAUAGCAGCACAGGCAGGUACUGGAUCUUUGAUGUGGAAACCCAACAAGGCCAGGCGCUCGACCCCGCAAAUAUCAGUGGCCGGGUGCAGCUCGCCUCGUGGAGUCCCAAGGGUGAUGCUGUUGCGUUCACAAGAGACAACAAUAUGUUCAUUCGUCACUUGGAUUCCGAUGUGGUGAACCAGAUCACUACUGACGGAGGAAAAGAUCUGUUCUACGGCAUACCAGAUUGGGUGUACGAGGAAGAAGUGCUAGCAGAAGGCGGAGCGACUUGGUGGAGCGGUGAUGGCAAAUAUAUUGCCUUCUUCAAGACCGAUGAAAGCAAAGUUCCCACAUUUCCGGUGCAGUACUUUUUUAGUCGUCCCAGCGGAAAUCAGCCUCACGCGGGCGAGGAGAACUACCCAGAAGUGCGACACAUUAAGUAUCCAAAAGCGGGCGCCCCAAUGUCUGUUGUCAGCCUGCAAUUCUACGACACCGAGAAAGGCCAAGUCUUCAGCGUACCCAUUACGGAUGACUUCGUCGAUGACGAUAGACUGAUCACUGAAGUGCUGUGGGCUGGGACAACUGGAAAGGUAUUGGUGCGCUCGACGAAUCGAGAGAGCGACAAGCUCAAGAUGAUCUUGGUGGACGCCACGACACGGACCGGUAGAACUGUGCGCGAACGAGAUGUGCAGGAAUUGGACGGGGGCUGGUUUGAGAUCACGCAUACGACAACAUACGUGCCUGCAGAUCCCGCCAAUGGUCGUCCCGAAGAAGGCUACAUUGAUACGAUCAUACACGAGAAUUUCGAUCAUCUGGCCUACUUUUCGCCACUGGACAACCCGCAGCCAAAGAUGCUUACAGCAGGCAAUUGGGAAGUCGUUGCCAGCCCUUUGUCAGUUGAUCUCAAGGAAAACACUGUAUACUUCACCGGCACCAAAGACGGAAGCACGCAGCGGCAUAUAUACACCACGAAGCUCCUCGAGGGCCCCGAUAGCAUCACUGCGGUCACCGACAGCAGCCAAGUCGGGUACUACAGCGCUUCGUUCUCUGCAGAGAGCAAAUUCAUGUUGCUUACAUGCGAAGGACCGGGCAUACCGUGGCAAAAAGUGAAAGCUACUACAACCAACAAGAAUUCCUCUCUGGAUGUUACCAUUGAAGAGAACAAGGAUUUGGACAAGCUAGCCAAGAAAACUGAACUCCCUAUCGAAGUGUACUCUACUAUCAACGUGGAUGGCUUUGAUCUCAAUAUCGUGGAACGUCGACCACCCCAUUUUGACGCUAGCGGCACGAAGCAGUACCCGGUCCUCUUCUAUCUCUACAACGGACCAGGCUUCCAGCAUGUGAAUCGCAAAUUCGACGUCGAUUUUCAAUCGUACGUUGCAAGCAGUCUUGGCUACAUUGUUGUCACUCUGGAUGGCUUCGGUACGGGCUACCUCGGUCGUAAGCAGAGAACCAUGGUUCGCGAUAAUAUUGGUUACUGGGAAGCAUAUUCGCAGAUUGCAGCUGCGAAGAUGUGGUCGGCCAAGAAAUAUGUCGACUCGGAACGCAUGGCCAUUUGGGGAUGGAGCUAUGGCGGAUUCAUGGCUCUGAAGGUCCUCGAGACGGAUGCUGGUCAGACAUUUAAGUAUGGAAUGGCCGUCGCUCCCGUCACCGACUGGCGCUUCUACGACUCGAUCUACACCGAGCGUUAUAUGCAUACCCCUCAGAACAAUCCCUCGGGCUAUGACAAUGCCAGUAUCUCAGACAUGCGAGGGCUGUCAAGCAAUGUGCGAUUCCUGGUCAUGCAUGGCGUCAGCGACGACAAUGUCCACUUCCAGAACACGCUGCAAUUACUGGACAAGUUGGAUCAAGCCAAUAUCAGGAAUUACGACAUGCAUGUCUUUCCAGACAGCGAUCACAGCAUAUACUUCCACAACGCCAACACGGUCGUGUACGAAAAAUUGCGCGAUUGGCUAAUCAAUGCAUUCAACGGUGAAUGGCUUCGCAUCAACGAUCCUGUGCCCCUGGGCAUGUAUGGACCCUCAUGAGACUGCUAUAGCUCCAUCACAUUGAUCGGCCCCGUCGAGCCAAUCUAUUGAUUUGCCUCUCUCUUCGUGCACUCUCGUAUCAGCCAAGGGCAUGGGACAGACAGAGCCUAUUGCGGUCAUGGCCUGCAACCAAUUGGCAACACAUAUCCUCAGGACUCGGGUUGGCAAAUAGUAGUGUAGACAACCGGAUGUACCACUCAACCCGAAGCUGAGGAAGCCGUUCAGGCGCAGGAUACCAGAGGGAGUCGGCGCUCACAGGCUACAGCAGUAGCCAAGAAGAACGUGCGCCACUGCGCUGGCUUGAAAAUAAUAGAUGUGCAGCGGAGAAUCUCGGCCGCUUCGACGCAGCACGCUGGAGAUAGGUAUUUCUCGAUACCUCUCGAACCCAUGAGCACGAAAUCCUGGAGCCGCGGAGUGGAGCAAUGAUAAGACUCCUGGUCGGAGGUGCAAGCAUGCUUGAACGUCAUGUGAAUCACCCUCGGCUACUACAAUAGAUCAUAUGUGGAGGACUUCCCAAGUACCUAGGUAGAUAGAAUUUGCCGCGCGCUGAUGUACCUUACCACACGACCAGCGUAGGUGGACCAUUAGUCAAACGCGCACUUUGUGCACCCUGAAAUGAAAACGAGGAACACGAGAAAUAUUGGAUCAAUAAUUGGAUCAAUUCUGGUAUCAUUUGGUGUCAUACACGUUGAUCCAGAGCAAAUUCUCGGUGGAUAUGCAGUGUCCGUAGCUUUCUCGUCUACUUUCCCUAUAGUUGUCCCUUGUGAAUGCGCAAGUCUACUUGAGUGGAAUGAAACGCGACGAGUGCGUGGCACCAAUACCAGGACGACCGUGCUUGACCGGCUUGUAAGAGAUGGAGAAUUCUCCAAGGUAGUGGCCGACCAUCUCCGGCUUGAUCUCAACCUGGUUGAACUCCUUUCCGGAGUAAACACCCACGACGGAGCCAAUCAUCUCCGGGACGAUGAUCAUGUCACGGAGGUGAGUCUUCACGACGUCUGGCUUCUCGUUGGGCUUGGCUUCCUGCUUGGCCUUGCGGAGCUUCUUGAUCAGACCCAUUGGCUUGCGCUUGAGUCCGCGGUUGAACCGUCUGCGGGCGCGAGCGUGGACGACAUCACGGAGCUGCUCAGAAGAAAGAUCGAGGAGCCUGUCAAGGUCGAUGCCACGGUAGGAGAACUUGCGGAACGCUCUCUUUCUCUUCAGCUCUGUCGCACCACCGGUAUGUUAGCCCGAUAUCCCAUCUUCCAGCACCCCUUCGUGGCCUAUCCACAGGGUUUCAACCACUGCGGCGUCCACAGAAGGACGCCUGAUCGAGUCGAUAAUUGCAUACCGGCAGCCUCCUCGGCGUUGUAGUCUGCGUCAGCCAUCGUGUCGGUUGGUGGUCGAUGAA